AUGGUAUUGAGCAAUGGACUCCAAGAGCUCGAACGGCAGACCGUGCAACCGAGUGACUUCAUCUUCCGGCUCGCAAUCUCGCAGCAGCUGUUUGUCUGCAUACACUGGCUGUGUCAUUUCAAAAUCGUCUUUGGCGUUCCCCUCGACACUGAAAAAUCGACCACCUACGAGAAACUUGCCGAAGGGUCCCACGUAUCGCUUCCGACUCUCAAGUCCGUCGCAAGGAUGGCGAUGAUUCAUGGCUUCCUGAGAGAGACGUCUACAGGAGAGAUCCAACACUCUGAACUCUCGGCCUCGUUUGUGACGGUUCCUGACUACUACAACUGGAUGAUGUACAUGGCAACGCAGACCGCUCCGACCGUGGCAAAUUUCGUCAAAGCAACCGAGCGUUGGCCAGAGUCCGAGAAGAAGAAUGAAACCGCAUAUUCGCUGUCGAGAGGGACAGAUCUGUCCUUUUUCGAGCACAUCAACGUGUCGCCAGAUCUGGCCAACGAGUUUGGACUUUACAUGAAGAGCCAAGCAGCCAACAAAGCAGGAACGAGAGUGGAAUUGCUGAGAGAAGGAUUCGAUUGGGCAUCUUUGGGCAAUGCGACCGUGGUCGAUAUCGGAGGAGGAGGGGGCGACGCAUCUGUUUCCCUUGCAGAGCAAUUUUCGGAUCUUGACUUCGUCAUUCAAGAUCUCCCGGCUGCAAUCGCAACGGCAAAGAAACGAGCCAGCUCCCUACCUGCAGAUAUGCAGAAACGACUCCAGUUCCGUGAGCACGAUUUCUUCGCGCCGCAACCUAUCGAAGGUGCUGCCGUCUACCUGCUACGCAUGAUCUUGCACGACUGGCCCGAUAAUGAAUGCAUCAAGAUCCUGUCCCAGAUUUCAUCAUCAAUGGGACCAGACAGCCGCAUCGUUGUCAUGGACAUGGUUUUGCCACGUCCCGGAAUGAUGCCCUUGGAACAAGAGGCAGUGCUCCGUCAGAAAGACUUGGUGAUGAAACAGAACUUCAACGCCAAAGAGCGUGAGCUGGAGGAGUGGAAAGCUUUGAUGGAGAGCGUUGGUCUGCAAGUUGUUGCAGUGAAGACACCGAGGGGCAGCCAGCAUUCUGUGCUGGAACUUGUCAAACACUCAGUGCAAUCAAAGUGGGUGUGA